UUUUGAAUAGUUGAGGUGGGACGAUCAGCUGAUAGUAAGGGCAAAGUCCUCACUAUAAUACACUUCUUUCGUUCACUUUUUCCCCACAUAACAGUUUACAUACUCUGAGUGCAUUUAUAAUUCCAACAACUCAAAAUGUCUGCCUUCAAAUUAUCCCAGGUGGUGACUUUGACCAACAGAUCCUACAGCACAAAACCACAACUAAACGAAGUAGUUAUAAUUUCUGCAACUCGAACCCCAAUUGGGUCAUUCCUCGGUUCUUUAUCUUCAGUCCAUGUAUCUAAAUUGGGGGCAACAGCAAUACAAGGUGCCGUUGAACGCGCCGGUAUUCCAAAAGAAGAAAUUAAAGAAGUCUACAUGGGAAAUGUGUGCCAAGGAGGUGUAGGCCAAGCGCCUGCAAGACAGGCAACCCUCUUUGCAGGAUUCCCAAAGUCGACAAUAUGCACAACAGUUAAUAAAGUUUGUGCUUCUGGGAUGAAGUCGGUUAUGUUGGCCUCUCAGAGUUUGCAAGCGGGACACCAGGACGUUGUCCUAGCUGGCGGAAUGGAAUCUAUGUCCAAUGUGCCAUAUUAUAUGAAAAGGGGACCAACACCAUACGGAGGAGUUAAUUUAAUAGACGGAAUAGUCUUUGACGGCCUUACUGAUGUUUAUAAUAAGUUUCACAUGGGGAAUUGUGCCGAAAAUACGGCCAAAAAGUUGGGAAUAACAAGACAACAACAAGACGAUUUCGCAAUUACGAGUUACAAAAGAAGCGCUGAGGCUUACGCAAACAACCAAUUUGCGUCAGAACUGGUUAGUGUGAACGUGCCCCAAAGAAAGGGCCAACCCGACUUAGUUUUUUCUGCCGAUGAGGAGUACAAAAGAGUCGAUUUUAACAAAUUCUCCAAACUCGCUACUGUUUUUCAAAGGGAAAACGGCACUGUCACUGCCGGAAACGCUUCAACUCUUAACGACGGGGCUGCUGCUCUCAUUCUGACAACCCUUGACGCCGCUAAAAGACUCAAUGCUAAGCCUUUGGCCCGCAUUGUAGGGUUUGAAGACGGCGCGACUGACCCCAUUGACUUUCCUAUAGCCCCAGCAGUUGCCAUACCUCGUCUCUUGAGCAACACUGGUGUUAAGAAAGAGGAUGUGGCCCUUUGGGAGAUUAACGAAGCCUUCAGCGUUGUCGUUUUAGCCAACCAACAACUUCUAGAUAUAGACCCGGCUAAAGUUAACGUGCAUGGGGGGGCUGUCAGUCUGGGACACCCAAUUGGAAUGUCCGGAGCUCGACUUGUCGUCCAUUUAGUCCACGCAUUGAAACCAGGCCAAAAGGGGGUUGCUUCGAUUUGCAACGGUGGUGGAGGCGCUUCUUCUAUCAUGAUUGAGAAGUUGCAAGAGAAUCUGCCACGUAAUCAGCUGCCAAAAUUAAUUUUAUACACCAAAUACCCUUGUCCUUUGUGUGAUGAACUGAAGGCCAAAUUGGGGCCCUAUCUCAGCAGAGUACAGUUUGAAACUGUUGAUAUUACCAAAAAAGAGAAUGUGAGGUGGUUGAGGUUGUACAGGUAUGAAAUACCUGUACUUUUUUUGAAUGGAGAAUAUUUGUGUAAGCACAGUUUGAAUGAAAAGUUGUUGGAGGAAAAACUCAAUUUGAUUGAAAACAGAUAAUUAAUUAUUCAUUAAGAGAAGGAAAUGGCCCGAAUGUGAGACGAUUAAGAAGUGGAAAUAAUGGUCAAACACCUUGACCCUUUCUUGAAUACAAAUUUCGUGUUUGAAUAAAGUUCUUUUGACUGUA